UUGAAGUUUGAUACGAAUGUUAGUGAUGAUCUAUUUCCAGUUGACGAAAGUCUCGUUCCUGUUGACUCGUGGGAGGAAGGAAAGACGGAAUAUCUGAAUGCAAGCUUUAUCUACGACGAUGACCCAAGGCAACCUGUCUACAUCGCUGCCCAAACACCACGAGGCGAAGACUUGGCGCCUUUCUGGCAGGCGAUAUGGCAGCAUGGAGUUUGCCUGAUCGUCAAUCUGUCCACAAUUGAAGAAUGCAAGCAAGAGAAGACCUAUUGGCCCGAGUCUGGAUCCGAAGUGCACGGUCCUUUUGAGAUUCAUCUAGUCUCGGAACACAUUUGGAGUGACGACUACCUCGUGCGUUCGUUUUACUUGAAGAAUCUUCGCAACGGACAGACACGUACCAUCACUCAGUUCCACUAUUUGUCUUGGAAACACGGCGAGACACCAUCCAGUCCGAAGAGUCUCAUCGAAUUCAGACGCAAGGUGAAUAAAUCAUAUCGUGGUCGUGCAUCACCGGUACUGGUACACUCAUGGGAUGGAGCCGGUCGAACGGGCGUCUUCUGCGCUGUCGAUCUCCUGUGCGGACGUCUGCUGAAAGGUGUUCGCCAACUGGACGUCGUCGCCUCUGUUGAAAUCUUCCGCCGAUCAACGUAG